GUCCUGAGGUAAGUAGCAAUCUUUCUUUUUAUCCUGCUCUGCAGGCAACGAAGUCUGAACAAGUUAAUAAUUUUGCACUAAAGACACCAUGUCUUCGGAUACAGAUCCGGUAUUUGAUCAAACGGCGGCUGCACCCAUGAGGAAGAAGACAUUCAAGUGCCCUAUUGCGGGUUGCAUAUUUAACGUGGACAAAUCCAUAUUUUUCGAAGAUGUGCGUGUGUGGGAUGCGCAUGUGGCAGAGCACCUUACUUGCCCUUACUUUUUCUGCCGCGAAAAAUACCCUGAUCAGACAAGUAUGAAGGAACACGAAACGAAGCAUGACAAAGCCAAUGACUGCGAUUUUGGGUGUAGCUGGCGUAUGUGCAAUAACACGUUCAAGGAUUUAAAGAGUGCCAGGAUGUGUGACUGGUCACACCUAGCGGUACAGUUCGAGGCCGACCCCCACUGGAGGUGUAGGAAACUGAAAGAUAAUGGAGAAGUGUGUCAUAAAGGCUUCAAAAAGAAUGAACUUCCCGAGUUCGAGAAGCACUUGAGAGAGGCGCACAAAGUACCCCUCGACGACGUGUUCGUAACCAUAACAGAAUCCGAGGUUAUGAUGAAUGGAAAAGGAUUCUGGUGUCGACUUUGUGGUGACUUUGGUGAGGCUUGGAGCAACGAUGAUGAGCGCCUUCCAAAGUAUGGAAAUGAACCCUGGGCUUGGGUGUUCCGGUUUUUGGAUCAUGUCUCAGCGCAUAGCAUUUCAACAAAGAAAAUGGUUGGUGAUGCGGAGGACACUGAUGAGGGGCGGGAGACUGACGAUGUCUAA